CUUUAGCUGCCAAUAAUCUCCCCGUAGUCUCUGUAUGCAUAUGCUUAACGUAAUACUGUAUCACUACUUGAGUAGGGCAUUUCUAGGUACAUACAUUUCCAACAUACAUGAUCUGCACGAACGGAGCAGUAAUUUCUACAUCCAUGAAUGCUGAUGCAUAUUCGCCUUUACUGAGCUCCUUUAAACUGUUAUUUGCGUUUGCCAAAACAAAAUUAUAUACUUUGUGACAGUUGCUUGAUCAGGACGCGCGCCGAUUAUAAUUGCUGUACUUAUUUUCUGUUACACAGCAUCGAAUUCCUUCUAUUUUGGCUUAUUGUGCAAAUUACUGCUGCUGACUGUUAUAGCUUCGACGCGUGUAUUGCUAUUACUGCUGGAUAUCGCCACGGUUGAAUAAUUACAUAUAUCAUUGGUGCUCUAUAUUCCCCGAAAUGCGUGCUCCCAGAUUUGAGUGCAGAUAAAGGUAAAUGUUUUUUCGGGCCCGUGGAAUUUUGAAACAGAACUAAGCUCCACUAUAAUCGUUUAGAUAGGAUUUUAGGAAAAACGUUUCUUAUUUGGAAAUUGUAGUGCACUUAGCUGGCGUGGAGACUGAAGAGCACAUGCCACAUGGAGUCCAAUGGGUUAACAGUUAACACUUGACUGCAAAAAGAUUAAGAAGAAAGCCCGAAGAGCGAAAAUGUGCGAUUAUUUAUUAGUUUAGUAUGUACGAUUAGAGGGCGCUUCAAUUUUAUAAAUAUGUUUAUUGCAAGAAUGACAGGCUUUGGGUUCUUUUCCAUGCUUACUAUGUUUUGAUUAGUCUUAUAGGCGAAGGUUGGCCGAGGUGCGAGACGGUAUUAACUUUUAAGAACCCAAGAACUUGAAGAAAUUAAUCAGCAGGCUGCCCGUGAGAACUGAUAAGAAAUGACUUGAGAUCAUAAAAUUAUUUUUUGGUAAUCUUCUUACUGUAAAACAGCAGAAUCUAAUGGUAGUAGUGAAUGAAAUUAUUCUGUUAAAUAACGAUAGCUAAACUUCAAAUGUUCUGUUCAAAAGGCCAAAUUCAUAUUAGAGGUCUCUAACCACUACCUGCUACCAGGUUUGGAAUUUAGAAAAAAUGAGAAAUUUCGCAAGGCGUUGCACAUUUCAUCCGUGAUAUCCUGAAAUUCUACGAACUACAGUACGAGUAGGGAAAUUACCGUACGGUAUACAGUACUAGUAAUUUCUUGUAAAGCGUCCUUUGGAUCCUAAUUUGCAGUUUGCACCGAGCGCACUCGAAGGGAGAGGAAUUAAACUUUCUUCGAUAACAGAAUUUUUUCGGUAUGCACAAAACGUGUAGCGAAAUAUUUUUCAGUUCCACAGCAACAAUCGCCAUUCGAACCGCGUAGUAGACGUUCUGAGUGUGCACUGAAUCGGGAAUGGUAAUGGAACUGUUUUAACUUUCAGUGACGAUUCAAUUUUAACUUUUAGUUUACGAUCCAAUUUACCGCAAACGUGACUUAUAAUUUUUAUAGUGUACCGCCACGUGACAGUACUCUGUGUACAUCAGCGCAGAUUAACACUGUGUUUCUUCUGGACCGCUUCAAAUUAGGUGGUAAAUUCAGCUGGAUGAUAUAGAGCUUUGAACCUUGCCGUAUUCUGAGUAGAGUGAUGGAUUCCUUAUGGCCGGUAAUGCCGCGGUAUCGGCCGCUGCUGGUGGAGGCCAACCAGAUGAGCUACCAGAACACCGUCGCUGUUCGUCGUUCUGACGACACGUGGUGGCUGGGGUAUAUUCAAGACAUGGACGGCGAUCACGCCUUCAUCCAUUUCGACUCCAAAACAGUUGAAGCUCGUUGGAUACACUCGGGCGCCGUGUGGCCACUGCCCUUCUUCCACGACACCAGACAAGCCGGCUUCGAGAAUAUUCCAGUAUUUGUCGCGCUCCGUGAUGAAGAGAACGGACCGUUGCGCUUCCGACCGGCCGUUAUGCUGGAGAUCUUUCAGGGUUGUGAUUUCUGCUACCUGUUUUACAUCCGCACCGCAGGACAUGAUCAACUGGUUUACAACGGUCAGAUAACCAGUCAGCUGCCACCCACAGGACCGCCCUUGCUGCAGCGCCGCAGUGGUAUGCUGUAUGCCAAACACUUUAUCCCGUUUGCCAGAGCGAACGCUGUUCUAAGUGAUGCCUCCGACAAGUUCCGGGUGAUUAAGCAUGCUCGUAAAGCCCUCCGACGAAAUAUGGAUGGACUAGUAAUGUGGCGCUGCUGUCGAUUUCACCUGCGUAUCGAGCAGGCGGGUUGCAUGUUUAUUGUCUUGAGCCAGUCAACAGAUGAAGUGACGACGCAGUGGACAGUGGCUACGUUAGCGGAAAUGCUGGACACGCACCUGGCCAGCCGCAUUGACCUACCCCCCAUUGGCAAUCGAAUACUCCACGAAAGCUCCAUUAUAUUACCGAACAGAGAAGUUCAAGCCUCAAGACAUCCAGUUAUCAAGAGCCGACGUAACUGGAAAAAGUCCAACCAAUCUAAUCUAGCUCCGAAAUUGAGACUCACCAUUUCAAGCUUGUCCGAUGUUGAAGUAGAUGCACUGCAUCCAACUGCUUCCAUCGGUGACCUGUCGCCUUUCAUUGUGGAAAAAAUUUUUUCUCACCUGGAUUUGCACUCGCAAAUGAAAACCAAACGGUCAUCUAGGACGACACAGAAGUCCAUUCCAUUGCUGGUGUGUGCACUAUGGUUGCUGCUGCUGAAUAACCCCCGUAUGCAUGAACACAUCAGCAUCUCUCUAGAUGCCUGCUGGGAUCUGAAAUCCGACAGCGACAACUGCUUCAAAGCGGCCUCGCUGCUCUACCGAACCAUAACUGCCACCACAAUCAGUCUCACCCUUGUGAACGUUUUCCCUGACAAUCAUUUCUCACUUGUACGUGACUUGUUAGCCACCAUGCAGAUCAGGCUACCGUUACUGGUCCUCAAAGAUCACACUUUCUGUGGACCGGGGACCAUUGCGGGGCAACCUUCAUCGCUCUUGACGCACCCGACAGUGAGCAGUCUACUGGCGUAUAGAGACACUUGCGAUGCUAUCCUGCUCCUGAACUGCACAGUGGCUGAGGUUUUUUGCCGAGUGUUAUACGACAUCUUUCAAGAAGAGCCUGGUUAUCUGAUGCCUGAUCGGCGUCUACCGAGGCGCGAGCGGAAAUUCAUGAGAAAAAUCACCGAUCCUUGGGGCGCCCUCGCUAUCGACAAACUACAAAGUACCAUUCCGCGGCUUUUUCUUAUGUGCAGCGACGGCGAACUGCACAUGACCAGCCGCUUCAUGCACGCUGUCAACAACAACUUCCCGCCGGUCACCGCGGAGAUGCUGGCAAAGGUCACGUCUGUGCAUGCCCGUUGGGUGCGCACUCUGACCUACCCGGAUGAGUGGCACUCUAUGCGCAAUUAUUGCUUUUUGUUCAGCGGGUUUGACGCCAACGGGAUGCCGCAAACGUGGGACAAAGCCGAUCUGCGGCUGGUGGAUGUGCAGACACUGAGCAGAAUGGCAAUACAUGGAAUCAACGAAGUGUUUCGUGUGUGAUUACUUGGACAAGAGAACUGAAAUGUUCCUGUCGGUUUCCUUCGCCGAAGGGCCGCCCUCUCUGAGAAAAGAGGAAGAAUAUCGCACCAACGGUCAUGGCGGUCUGCUUACGGAUCAUCUUAACUCGGAACCGGCAUCUCUAAUAGUUGAUCGAUGCGUACAACCACCCUCAAUGCAUCGAUUUUCCCACUUUGCAGUUACGAGCUAUUUUCUUUAACGCACUCGAUACGUAUCGAUUUCUGCACGCUGCAGUCAAGUUGCCAAUUCUUUGUCCUUCCGUCUUGCAAUUAUUAAUUUUUGGUUUGCAUAAUCUUGAUAUAAAUAUCGGUUGUACUGGUACAUACCAAUGGCUAAGUAUUUAUAAUGUUAUUCAUAUUCUCUCCCUCGUGUCACAGUUACCUGAACCGAGUGGCAGUGCAGUAACGCGUCACAGCAACAAAAAUGGCUUCAAUGCGGCAAAAUUGUACGACCUGCGCUGUUGCAGUGGUGUACCGAACGUUACGAUACUUUUUCCGUGAGAGCGUGGUACCUUGU